CCCUAAACAAAGGCUUACAACAUUCUGUGCCGUCGAAGAAAGCGGACGUGUAAAGUGAAAAGUGCGAAUUUCGGCUCUCUUGCCCAAAAAGGCCCCCGGAAAGAAGGUGAAUUGCAAGUGCAAGUGCGCGCUCGACACAGCCAAGGAAAGUGAUUCCACGCUCUAUAGUGGUGAAACAGGCUGAAAAAUAAAUUCAGUUGAAAUCGAGUGUUCAGGAAGAGACAAGUGCUACCAGACAGCAGCAGAAACAGAAGCUUGGAAAAUUGUGAGACAAACUGAAGGGAAAAAAGCGGAGUUUCAGUGCGAAAACGUUCCAAGUUGAAAUAACGCCAAAGUUAAAAGAUUGAAGUUCGCAAGCAGUUCGUGUGAAAAGAAGGGAUAAAUCCAUUAAAAAUCUGUGCUUAGAUGGAGGAUACUGGAAUACUACCGUCUCCUCCGGCAACGCCACCACUGGAAACCGGCAAAGAUCCCAAGACUACUACGGAAAUCAAACAAGCUCUGAAGCGCAAAUUAGAACAGAACCAGUUGUCGCCACGUGUCACAGAAAUGCUGACCAAGGGCUUCACCACACCCAACCAUUCCGAUCUAUCGGAGGAUGAAUCUGAUCUACCACCGAGGAAGCGCCUGUAUGUGCGCGAUCCGAUCCAAUUGGAGCAGCAUUACCACCACACAUCGCUGACUCCACCGCCGUCGGAUUUCUCCGGAUCCGAGGACGAGAAUACCAAAUCAGCAGACGAUGCUCAACUCGCUCAGCCACAGCGCGAGAGUGUCAUCAUGCGGAUCAACAAAGAUGGUUCCUGCACCUCGGCCAAGGAACCGGACGCCAAUCUGAAUGUAUUCCGUUGCGUCAAGUACAAAAUGGGACGUCGUUCGCCCUUCCUGCCCAUGGAACCGCAAACAUUCGUCCGGGAUGAAUCCGUUGAACAGCAGCCGACCAACAGACAGAUCCAAGAGCAUAUCACAUCGCGAGAACCAUCGGAGGAACUGAGCGCCGUGCCCGCUCCCAGUAAUUACCCUAGUCGAGUAUUAGAGCAAAGCCAGCAGUAUGUACCUAUCGUUCCUUCCGUUGUACCUGUCGCGGCCCCGGCAAUGCAUGCUCCCGCUUCAAUGCCGAAGCCUGCACCGGUUAAGCCACAAACCUCGCUUCCUGUGAUAGCUCCCAAGAUUCCGCAACUCAUCCUAGCCACUCAGAAUGGUUUCAUCCUGGUCCCACCGCAAAUCUCACAGAAUCUGCUCAGCCAGGGCAACGGCAAAGCACUUUUGGUCCCUCAGCCGACCAACGCAGCUGCCGUUCACGUCCCAACUGCCCCUCAGAAGCCAGAGCGCAGACGAAUCUACGAGUGCGAACACCCGAACUGUGGCAAGAACUACUUUAAAUCCAGCCACCUGAAGGCCCAUCAACGGAUCCACACUGGUGAAAGGCCAUUCAUCUGCAAGUGGACGGACUGCGGCCGUCGAUUCUCCCGAUCCGAUGAGCUGUCCCGCCACAAGCGCACUCACACCGGUGAAAAGAAGUUCGUCUGUCCCGUUUGUCAGCGACGAUUCAUGCGAUCGGAUCAUCUCUCCAAACACGUCAAGCGACACAACAAGGACAAAGGUCAGAAGGGUCAACAGCAGCAGCAGCAGCAUCAAGCGCAACAACAGCCGCCGAACUACCCAGUUUCGAUGUACCAGGACGCAUCCUCCAUUCCGGUACAGUUCGUCACGGCGGCACCAGUUUACUAAGUAUAUCGUAUCUGUGUACGUGUUUUACAAGUCUUGUAAAUAUUCUCGGAACUGACUAGAUCUUAGCUUUCACGCGAUCGCGUCUAUUGUUUGUGCUGUCCCUUUCUCUUUUCGGGCCUUUCCCACAGCUAGAGAGAGAUGAUGUUCAUUCCAGAUUACAAAUCUACUAUAUCCUACUGUUACUGGAAAGGGAACGGUUAGAUGACGGAAUUAUUGGCGGUAGUGAGGAAGCGAAUUUGUUACACAACUUUAGUUCGUUUCGUUCAGGGACUUACACAGCGUUUUUGUUAUCGUUUUUGUAAAUGUUUUGAGUUUCCUUUUCUUAUGUUAAUGAUAUAAUAUAAAACAUCUGUGAUCGUUUAAAAUUACAUUAAAUUUAAGAGAGUAA